AUGUGUGGAGGAGUCACGGUGAAAAAUACACACCCAUCCGACGCAUGUUUCACAGUCGUCAAUGCAACACCAACAUCAAUAAAAUGGACGCUCUUCCCUCUUCUUACACAAACCCGCAAUCUAACAGCAAAGGACGGCGCCUAUGCCUCCUACAACGUACGCUACCAGCCUCUCGCACCCUACACCGACGACGAUACUCUGCUCUGUCCUCGGUAUGCUGAGAACGACCCCACGUCUGCACCCCCAUCCCCAGCCUCGAUAGAAUCAUUCGAUAUCUUGGACAGCAUCCCUUGGCGCCGGAGCUACAUAUCCCUCGACAGCAAUGGCGCCAGCCUAUCCAGACGCUGGCGAACACGCAAAGCCCAAAUCACGGCCCUAGUAUGGGUGCUCACGUUGCUUUUGACGGGUUGUGCUGUUGGUGGCUACGUUUGGCACCGAGCAGUCAAACACGGGAAAAGCAAGCCCUGA